CUGAAGAUAAUGAAGGUAUUAAUGAAGAAAGUGCUCCUCCUAACAAGCAGCCAAGAAUCAGCAACCCUGACGAUCAGGCUGGAGGGUCUGGGAUCGAAGAUGUAGCUGCAAAAUGUCCUGUGCCUACCACUUCUGGUUCAACCACAGGCACAAAGAUUGAUUUGGGAACUGUUGUCAAAGAUGCUGCAGGCUCUUGGGAUGUUUUGAGGCGAUUAUCGCACGAAAUUACAGAUGAAAAAAGAAUGCAAUACCUUACAUUACACUGCAAACCUUCUGAGUCUGAUAUACUUCAUUCUCAUCAAGUUACCAAAGGAAAGAAGACAUGGAAAGUUUCUUUUCAAUCGAAAUGGCUGAAACAGUUCCCAUGGCUUUGCUACAGCUACAUACUUGAAGGUGGGAUUUGUAGUCACUGUAUCUUAUUUCCUAACAAAGUUACCAAGGGUACAACACCACGUGUAUUGGUCACAGUACCGUACCAGAAAUCUUACACUAAGGCACUUGGCAAGGAUGGCAUCCUCAACUGUCAUGAGCAAUCUGCGAUGCAUAGAUACGCAACUGAACAGGCAGACCUCUUCAAACAAACUUUUCAGAAUCCUGAGAGGUAUAGAGUAGAUUCCCAGCUGGCGACGGCCGAAGCCAAUCAAGCCACAGAGAACAAAGAAAUUCUACGACAGAUUGUUCUAGCUGUUGAGUUUCUAGCAAAGCAGAGUCUGUCCUUUAGAGGACAUCGUGAUGAUCGUGUCGAUUUUUCAAGUUAUGAAACUAACAGAGGAAACUUUGUUGCUCUACUUCAAUUACUUGCGAAAGGAAACGAGCCUCUUCAGAAGCACCUCAUGUCAGCAAGCCGACAAGCAAGAUAUACCAGCAAAACUAUUCAGAAUGAGGUCAUUCACGUGUAUUCAUCAAAAAUUAAGGAAAGGCUGACAGCAGAGCUGAGGGACAAGGGCCUCCCUUUCACGAUUAUAGCAGAUGAGGGUACAGAUCCACACUCAAACCAGGAGAUCUUAUCUUUAUGCCUGAGGUUUGUGGACCAGUCUUCGCCAAACGAUCCUCAUGUCAAAGAAUGCCUGAUUAGUUUUAUGCACUUACAACGAACAAAUUCCACCAUGAUUUCAAGGAAGAUUUUGGAAUCUCUCUCUGAUCCAUCUGUUUCUUUGGAUCCUAGCAACAUCCGUGGUCAGGCAUAUGAUGGAGCUUCUGUUAUGUCAAGUGGAAAGGAAGGAGUGCAGGCUAAGAUAAAAGAGUUCAGUCCGUUGGCUCUUUUCACGCACUGCUAUGCUCACUGCCUAAACCUCUCCAUCGCAGCAACAUGCAAACUGGCAGAAGUGCGAAAUUUGAUAGGUCUGAUUAACGAAGCAUAUCUUUUUUUAAAUAACAGCCCGAAGCGACAGCAGCUGUUUGAGUUGACACUGAAAGAAUACCUUCCUGAGAAUUCUCACAGCAAGCUUCCAGGUCUAUGCAAGACACGCUGGGUGGAAAGGCACACAUGUCUAGAUGUUUUUCUUGAAAUGUAUGAGAUUCUUCUCACAUUUCUUGAUGCUAUUGUUGCCCCCCACGAAUACCCGAAUUUAAAAUCAUCUACUGGAAGCUGGAACUGGGACAAGGAUACCAUCACAAAAGCCCAGGGACUGAAAGCCUCUUUGUCGUCAUUUCAGACAGUAGUGGUUUUCAUUACAACCAAGAAUAUUCUUGAUGAAGUCAAAGCUCUUGCAUCAAAGCUGCAGAAACGGGACCAAGAUAUUUAUGAAGCAUACAUGAUGGUUGAUGAAGUAAUUGGAAACAUCAAGUCUGCUAGAAAAAACAUUGACAGCGACUUUAAAGUGUGGUACACAGAAGUAUUAAACCUUGCCGAGAAACUGGGAAUCGUGGAAGCCGUACCCAGGAAGACAAGCAUACAGAGGAACCGCUCAAACAUUCCCAGCUCUAGUCCAAUUGAUCAUUAUAAAAAAUCUGUGGCUAUUCCCCUCCUUCAUUCCUUGAUUAGUCAAAUGGAAGACCGGUUUUCUGUCGAAGACCGCCACGCACGCCACUUGCUUUAUCUUGUUCCCUCAAUCAUAGUUCAAAACACCAUGGAGCUAUCUGAAGCAACAAAAGGCAUGCUGUUCUGGGAGAAUGACCUUCCUUUUCCCAAAUCCCUUGGGAAUGAGCUGCGAAGAUGGCAAACUCUGUGGCAGUCAACAGAGAAGGACCUCCCAAACAAUCUUUUAUUGGCACUUGGCGCGUGUGACGAGGAUGCUUUUCCAAACAUCCAUCGUCUUCUACUCAUCGCAUGCACCCUACCAAUCAGUAGUGCGGAAGCUGAGCGGUCCUUUUCGCUCAUGAAACGGAUCAAGACCUGCACCAGAUCAACGAUGUCUGAAGAGCGCUUCUCAGACCUUGCUGUAAUUGCGAUGCAUUACCCUGAGAGAUUCGAGGUAGACGAGAUCUGCGAGGCUUUUGUAAAAGCCCAUCCAAGAAGACUUUUUCAGGCUUCGUUGUUUGAUUAA